UCCGGAGGAGGUUGUCAAUUUAUCUGUAGAAUUUUUAUCUGUUUAAAUUGUUCUUAUCACUGGUUGUGACGGCCACUUUAAUACUAUUUAGUAGUCUCUCAGAUAUUUUUUACUUUAGAGUAGUUAUGCUUUUAGCUGGUUAUCUGUUCCUAAGCUAAAACUAGCUUGUUUGCUUACGUUAUGUAGCAAAUAGCUGUGGGGCAGCUGUCUGAGGGUCGCGGGAGCCCGAAACGCUUUGAAACGUCAAGGCGGCACCAUGGCUGACGACCCACAGAGAAAUUUUCGCUCUGCAUACUACGAGAAAGUGGGUUUCAGAGGAGUGGAGGAGAAGAAGUCCCUGGAGAUACUACUCAAAGACAAUCCUCUGGAUUUAGAAAAGCUAAGCACCUUCAGUCAGAGGUUCCCCCUUCCUUCCAUGUACAGGAUUCACGUGUGGAAGGUACUGCUGGGCAUCCUACCUCCACACAGUGACUCUCAUGCUCUGGUUGGGGGCUACAGGAAGGAGCAGUAUCAGGAUAUCCUGGAAGCUCUGGAAGUGAUGAGAUACAUCAACUCCUCCACACCCUCCACCCAUGUUUACUUGCGUAUGUUCCAACUAGAGAGCCAGACCCUCCCGCGAUGCUCUGAGACUUCACCCCCGGAUGAAGAGAAUGAAGACUUCCUCUCCAUCAGCCGAGCCAUGGAAGAGAUUGUAGAUGAUCCUGUUGACUGCUACUGGCUCGUCAAGUGUUUUGUCAAUCAGUACCAUACAAAGUUUGGAGACUCAGUACCUCACCUUCCAAAGAGCCUAGAGCAUUAUCUGAGUCAGGAGGAACCUCGACUGCUAAACCAUCUGAAGAACAGCGGAGCCCUGCAUCAGCUGCCCUACAACCUCUGGUUCAGACACUGCUUUGCUGGCUGCUUGCCUGAAUCCAGUCUGCAAAGGGUGUGGGACAAGGUGAUCAGUGGUUCGUGUAAGAUCCUGGUAUUUGUGGCCCUGGAGAUCCUGCUCAGCUACAAAAUUAUGUUGAUGGGCAUCAACCGGCCAGAGGGCAUGGUCAAAUUCUUGUGCAAUAUACCGCAGGAGAACACAGAUGCCAUUGUCACUAAAGCCAUUGAUUUGUGGCAUAAGUACUCCGGCACCCUGAUCCAUGCUAUAUAGCAACACGGAGCCAGACGAGGAAAAUAUCUGGAACCAGAAGUAAUCUUCUUUCCUGAAAUCCACCUGGACUUGCAAUGCUUCACUAAGACACUGCAGCACUCGCCAUCCACGGGGCUUUGUCUCUGCAUAACUGAACUGAACUGAAAACUCAUCAUGGCUGCUUUUGAUAAGCCAGGGGACCCUUUUCAUACUGUCGAUUUUCCAGGUUUCCCCUGCGACUCUGGCAAACCAUUCUGGUGAAAGAGACUUGAGUUGGUGGUGGGUGGGGGGAAAAAAACAAACAGACGAGGCAGUAACUUAUUAUUUUUUUUUAAUAAGUUUCUUUCUUUAAGAAACUGCAUACAUCAUAGAAGACUCACAAUAAAUUAAUACCCACAUGCAGGUCUUUCUGCUUUACAAAAGAACAUUUGAAAAGCCUUUUAAUUUAUGUACAUCCUCUUAGAAUUCUGAGAAGAGUUUUCUCAAAACAUUUUUUUUUAAACACGUACAAGCGACAGUAAUAUUACUGACUCUUGCAUACGCACACACUCAGACACACAAUCAUAACCCACGCAGCUCGUUCUCACCAAUAACAUGGUAAAAACCUCCAAUUCAUGGACCCAAUCUUAAGUGUAAACCAUUAAAAAGAGAGAAAAAAAAAGCAAAUCGUAAGGUGGCAGGAUUGACACGUUUCGUACCAAAAAGGCUCAUGUCAGACAAUAAAAGGUGAAAUGCAAACACAGUCCUUGUAAUUCAGCAGAGAGCUCAGUAACAUUUUACUGUGUCUACAGAUAAUAUUCUGUAUCAAAUAAACAAGGUUAUUUGGCAACUUUGAAAUCCCUGUAAACACGCCUGUAGGCACAGCGACACAGUGGGUUACUGAACUCUCGAUACUCGUCACUCCAGAAUUCUCCAUUCAAGGUCACGGCUUUCACAACAGGUCAAGUUGCUUUGGUUUAAAAUGGGAAUCUGAAGUUUGAAAAGUGUUUGAACACUCGAACGCAGCCCACAACUAGAUUGAAUCUGACAUUAUUGCUCAGUGGAUUGAUGUGAAAGUGUUUGGAGACGAGAAUUUCCUUUUGUUGUAGAGAGCACUCUUGGACUUUGAUUAGGAUUUUAGGGCAAUUUGGCUUAAGCUUCAGCUGCCUGUAAUAGUACACACUUGUGGAAUGUUUUCAUGCCUCUGGCAAAGAGAAAUGAUUACUGAGAUGUCAUACGUGGAGUAAAAUCAAGCUAACACAAGCAUACUCAAAGGAAAAAUUCUGCCCGUUGAGAAUAUGGUACAGGCAUGAAAACAGUGAGAGUGAAAUAAAAACCCUGUGUUUCAUCUUUUACCGUCCCCAUCCUGUAAAAUUGGCACAGAUUCUGUGUUGGACCUCCAGGAGCCUUGUUAAAAAAAAGAAGUGCUGCAAAGUAAAGAUAUCACCACCUCUUCAUCAUAAAAAAAUGACAAUUAAAAGCUUUUGAAUAUCAAGAAGUCACCAAAAUCUCCACAGAGGGGAGACAGUCAUAGAUCCGUCCAUCUCAGUGUUUUUCUCCCGUUUCCUGUAAUGGCUCAAACUCGUGUGAUGAAGCCAACCUAUCAGUUCGAAGUUGAUGUUGGAAAUCUGUAGCAGUCUGAACACUUGAGACUUCUAAGGGAUUUUAAAAACAUGG